AUGGAGCUCGCCAGGCGUGGAGGACCCAGUAGCUGCCCUCCGGAAUAUCAUCACCAUGAUUGCCGCGAGGAGGGGAACGGGCAGGCAGACAUUCAGGUAGAGGAGGAAGAGACGACUUUUGAGACGUCUCAAAAGGAGGAGGAAGAUUCGUUCAUCAGUCCCGAACAAGGGUCGAAGGAGAUCGACGAUGAAGCGAUACUUCACCUGCUGACCGAGAAACAGAGGCCGAAUAGCGGUGGUUUUAGCGCUGUUACAGAGCAAAGCAGCUACACUGUUAUCAGCGACGAGGGGAGUCCUGACAUGGUGCCAACGAAUGCAGCAGCAGCACUGACUCCUUCUGACGGUUCAUCAGACCUUCCUCAGGAAACAACGCCAUUGCAGCAGCAGCAGCAACAGGAGGAGGAGGUGGAGGAGGAGGAGGAGGAGGUUCCAAGCGGAGAGCCUGUCCCUCCGCUUGGUGAGAGAGGGGAGGGUUCCGUCCUUCCACCUGUCCCUCCUGUCCUUCCGCCUGUCCCUCCGCCAGUUCCCCCGCACCUGAUGAACUGCGAGGCGAUGAUCAAAGCGGUGACCCAAUAUGAGAGGUUCGCGCGUGGGCGGCAUGGGGUGGAGGAGGUCCCGUGGGCUCUGGUUCGCGAGGGGGAACGCGGUGGGUCAAUGGAAAAGCAUCGAGUUUUGAGAGCACGGGGAAUAAGCGGCGGAAUAUCAACCCGCGGGGUGGAAGAGGUCCCGUGGGCUCUGGUUCGCGAGGGGGAACGCGGUGGGUUCUUCCCGGAGUUUUCCCAAGGGAGGAAGCGGGAGGGUGCGAUUCAGGCGGGGCCUGCUGCAAGGAAGGAGGUUGAAGAGGAGCAGAGAGAGGGGGGAGGAAGGGGGAGGAAAUUGGGGAUAGCAGCGAGGGGAGGGAUGGGCAAGGAGAAGGAGAGGAGGGUUGGGAGGCAUGGUGGGGAGAUUGAGGAGGAGGGGGAAGAGGAUGGGGGAAGGGGAGGGGUGGUGGAGGGGAGGGGAGGGGUGGUGGAGGGGAGGGGAGGGGUGGUGGAGGGGAGGGAAGGGGUGGUGGAGGGGAGGGGAGGGGUGGUGGAGGGGAGGGGAGGGGUGGUGGAGGGACCAUACCCGCCGUGGGUGGUGGGGGCGGACGAGGAGAACUACCCGCUGACUCGGCGCGUGCAGAGAGACAUAUGGCUGCACCAGCACCCUGAAAACUGCUCCCUCCCUUCAGUCAAGUUCCUCUACGCCACCUUCGUCCCUCAGUCCAAGUAUGGCAUUGGAGCGCAGCUCACCAACGUGGCAGGGGCGCUGGCGCUGGCGGUGGCGUCGGGGCGGGUGCUGGUGUUGGGGAAGUUCCCGAGGGCGAUGCACGGCGGGUGUGAGGGGCGCAAGCAUGGCCGCUGGCACUGCUUCUUUGCGCCGGAAACGAUGGCGUCGGGGCGGGUGCUGGUGUUGGGGAAGUUCCCGAGGGCGAUGCAUGGCGGGUGUGAGGGGCGCAGGCACGGCCGCUGGCACUGCUUCUUUGCCCCUGAAACGAGCGAUGCAUGCCGAAGGUGUGUGUGUGGUGUGGUGUGGUGUGGUGUGGUGUGGUGUGUUGUGACGUGGUGUGGCGUGGUGUGGUGUGUUGUGGCGUGGUGUGGCGUGGUGUGGUGUGUUGUGGCGUGGUGUGGCGUGGUGUGGUGUGUUGUGGCGUGGUGUGGCGUGGUGUGGUGUGUUGUGGCGUGGUGUGGCGUGGUGUGGUGUGUUGUGGCGUGGUGUGGCGUGGUGUGGUGUGUUGUGGCGUGGUGUGGCGUGGUGUGGUGUGUUGUGGCGUGGUGUGGCGUGGUGUGGUGUGUUGUGGCGUGGUGUGGCGUGGUGUGGUGUGUUGUGGCGUGGUGUGGCGUGGUGUGGUGUGUUGUGGUGUGCAAGCACGGCCGCUGGCACUACUUCUUUGCAUCGGAAACGAGCGAUGCAUGCAGAAGACGAGCCCAUGACCUGAUGGCCGAGCAGCAAUUGCAGAAUCCUGCCACAGCAGAACCAGCUUCAAACCUUCGGGCAAAAUCGAAUCUCCCAGUGAAAUCAGACGUGCACUCGAGCCUGCCUGUGGUGCGGCGGCAGGAUAUUCCCGAGGAGCUCGUGUGGUUUCCCCCCGUACCCUCCUUGUGGGGGGAGCCGUGGCUGCGCAUCCCUGCUGUGAUUGAAAUCAACGGGCACAUGCGACAAACCACCAAGACUGGCAACAAGGACCGCUGGUGGAGGGCGCAGGCGUGGCGCUUCCUCAUGCACUCGCCCUCGCGCUACCUCUGUGCCGUCAUCAACCGGGCCAGGCACGCAGCCUUCGGGCCAAUGGCAGCUCGCCACGUGGCGCACGCAGAAGCCGCGAUUCUUCAAGCUGAGAAGCUGAUCUUUGCUGCGAGUACUCCCCGUGUUAACCUUUCUGAGACUGAGGUCCAACAGUCCAUCUCUGCCAAUGCGGGUAUUUUCCAGCGUAAUCGUUCGCAGAGUGGCGGUUUUAACGGCGUUCUCGUAGGCGCCAGGUCAGCGCCGUGGGUGCCGCGGCCUCUGGUGAGCAUGCACGUGCGCAUGGGGGACAAGGCAAGGGAGAUGCGGGUGGCGGGCUUCGGCACGUACCUGCACCUGCUGUCAAGAGUGCGAAAGUUCGACCCUUCCGCUACAACCGUCUGGCUGAGCACAGAAAUGCAGCCGGUUGUAGAGAGGGCCAUUCGUACUCCUGGGUGGGACUGGAAGGUCACCAACGUACCUCGGAUGCAAGGAAAUGAGAGCAUGCCAGCCUUUGAGGCUCGGAUCGGGCCCCAGCGCAGCGUUGAGAAUGCUUGGGUAAAUUUGCUUAUGGCAGCAGAGGCUGAUUAUUUCAUAGGUGCUCUUGGUUCGACGUGGUCCAUGCUAAUUGAUGGCUUGCGGUGUACAGGAGGAAAGAUGCUCGCUGGUUUUCUAAGCACAUCAAGGGACAGGCAUUGGUAA